AUGAAGAGACCCCCGAACACGCAGUCAUUUCUAGUCGUGAAUCACAUACUACACACUGAACUUUCUUUCUAUCACUCUUUUUCUCUCCCCCUCUAUCUCUCUCUUUUUCAUCUCUCUCUCUUUCUCACUCUCUCUCACUUUCUCAUUUUCUCUCACUCUCACUCUCUCUCACUCACUUUCUCAAUUUCUCUCUCACUCACUUUCUCAAUUUCUCUCUCACUCACUUUCUCAAUUUCUCUCUCACUCACUUUCUCAAUUUCUCUCAUUCUCUCACUUUCUCACUUUCUCUCAUUCUCACUCUCUCUCUCACUUUCUCUCAUUCUCACUCUCUCUCUCACUUUCUCUCAUUCUCACUCUCACUCUCUCUCACUCACUUUCUCACUUUCUCUCUCUCUCACUUUCUCUCACUCUCUCACACUUACUCACACACGUGCGCAAUGGUUUUUUGGCCUCGUAUUCAUCACUCUCUCUCUCUCUCUCUCUCUCUCUCUCUCUCUUAUUUUAAUCGAUAUACCUCUCUUUAACCUGCAUCAACUUCCCAUUAUAAAUUUAUCUACACACUUUUUACCCAUUUUCUCUGUCUUCUCCCCCCAGUUCAUCCACAUCUUUAUUUUUUUUCUUCUUUUGCAACAUUCUUUUCCUUCUUAUCUUGAUGUCUCACCACAUGUUGCGAAUUCACAGAUGUUUUUAUAA